AUGCGACGGCUGCUGAAAUUCUAUUAUCUACCUAACAAGAGUACGGUAUUAAACCGAUGGACGGACAGAAAGACAAAAAGGCUUCCAUGGCCAUUCGAGACAAGAGACUCGUCACAAGCUCUUAGUUUCACUCCAUACAGGUUGCAGAAAAAUCAGAACUUGUGGCGCCAUCGUUCUGUCACCUUUUUUCCUGCAAUCUCACGGUCGAUGCAUGUAACGCGUAGGCGACGGGGGACA